AGCCCAGGAAUGGAUUCAUAGAAGGGAAAUUAAGGUUGGGUCAUAGGAUUGGGAGUGAAGCAGUCUUAAGAAAUGGGUCCACCAUACUAUGAAGCCUUAACUACUUUAGAAAGUAUGGAAAAAUACCUCCAGCCAACUUGCCUAGAGGUGACCUAGAGGAUAGAGGGUUGACCCAGAGGUUUCUCCAAGAGAGAACUCAGGGACCUCACAAAGGGGAUGGUGUGGGGCUGGCUUUAAAAGGCAAGCAUAGACUAUAAUAACUUCAACUUAAAACUGCUUCAAGCUGUUGUAUUAAGAGCUACCUCAUCCAUCCUGACAUUUUGGGAAACACAGGUUCUAUACAGUAGGACAUAAUUGGAAAAACGUAAAGCCAAGUAAAGUUCAGUUUAAAGUUUAAAACAUAGAGACACACACACACAAAACCUUGGUAAGAUAAGCUACUUCUGUUAAAUCUUUUUAUCAAACAACUCAGGAUAAAAAUAGCUAUUGGGAGGCCAAGGAGAUCUCCUUGCUUAGAGGAGGGUAGCAAGACUUGAAGGCGGAGCAGCCUAGCCUGGAAACCAUCACGUUGGAGUAAAAAUAACACAGAAACAAGGCCUCCCUUGUGGGUUCUCAACAGUUCUGAACUCAACUGUCACCUUUAGCUCUCUAAAAUACAACAGGCUUCUUCCAAGUAAGGGUGGAGCAAAAGAUACCAAUUGAUGUUCUAGAAAAAAAGUUCGUAUUUACAAUUAAUGUCUCUCCUGAUGAGUACUGACUGCAAGCCCAGACAGAGCUGGUCUGGACUGCCACCUCCAAGGAAAAGGCCUUGGGAAAUGCCAGAGAGCUCUCUGCUAAACACCAUUGUCAGCUAAAAGGAAAAGAAAUCCCUUUUAAGGAAACCAUUUAACUUCAAUAGGCUGUUUUUCUGCCAGGAUUUUCAAUCCCUCUGAACGUAAGCCGAACCACAGACUGCUGCACUUAACGUCUGGAUCCUGGCUUUGCUUUUUCCCCUCUCCUCAGAGCUUCAGCACCAGUUGUUAGCCAAAAAUAAACACCAUUCCUCAACCAUAUAUGUCCACCAGCCCAGCGCUGGGGAGGAGGAGCAGGAGGUAGGUCAGUCCCUGUCGGCUCCAGCCACACUCACGUGUGGCCGCCACUCACCAUGCACAUAACCCAGCUCAACCGAGAAUGCCUGCUGCACCUCUUUUCCUUCCUGGACAAGGACAGCAGGAAGAACCUGGCCAGGACCUGCUCUCAGCUCCACGACGUGUUUGAGGAUCCCACGCUCUGGCCCUUACUGCACUUCCGUUCCCUCACUGAACUCAAGAAGGACAACUUCCUGCUGGGCCCUGCGCUGCGGAGCCUUUCCAUCUGCUGGCACUCCAGCCGCGUGCAGGUAUGCAGCGUCGAGGACUGGCUCAAGAGCGCCUUCCAGAGGAGCAUCUGCAGCCGGCAUGAGAGCCUGGUCAAUGAUUUCCUCCUGCAGGUGUGCGACAGGUGCCCCAACCUGGCGUCCGUCACGCUGUCCGGCUGCGGUCACGUCACCGACGACUGCCUGACGCGCCUGCUGCGCUGCUGCCCGCGCCUGCGCGCGCUACGCCUGGAGAACUGCGCGCGCGUGACCAACCGCACACUGACGGCCGUGGCGGCGCACGGCCGCGCGCUGCAGACGCUGCACGUGGACUUCUGCCGCAACGUGAGCGCGGCCGGCUUGCUGCGUCUGCGCGCCGCGUGCCCGCGCCUGGCCCUGCGCGCGGAGCACAGCGCGGCCAUGCUCCCCGACCAGGACCCGCGCCCGCGCGCGUCCGCCACAGCCCUUCGCAAACCGCUGCCUCGUUAGGCUUGCAGCGCCGGGAACUUGACGCCUGGGGGGUGGGGGUGGGGGGAGCCGGCCGGGCUGUCAGACCGCCCUGGCGACUCAGCUUUCCCACCUCCCAGAAUGCCUCAUCUUCAGAACCUGUUUCCCCGUCUGCUCAGUGGGGAUAAGAAUGCCUACCUCACUUCACAAUUGUAUACAUCGGAUGAACACGAGAUCAAGGGGCGGAUGCUUGGAAAACACCCGGCUGGUUCUCAGUAACCACCACCUUUCCCCUUCCGGCACCAGCUGCUCCGCGCGCUUCCCGCAGCGGCGAGAGGCGCCUACAGCUUCCUGGUGGACUCCGACCGCCAAAGGCGCGGAGGGCCUGAGCCUUGGAGCUCGCCGGCUGCGCGCGGGGAAGGGGGCUGUGCCUGCGUCCUUGCCCGAGGGACCCUCGCGGCCAUCGCUCCGGAGCGCUCCAGCGACAAGGCGGGCUGCCCAGCGGAGUGCUGCGGCUGUGGACGGGAGGGAGACCCCCCAAGGCCGUGCCCAAGUGCCUGGAGACCACGCCAGCCUGCUCGAUUUUCUUGGGGCACACGAUUCUAGAAAAUUCGCUCCUGUUCUCUCUUAUAAACUGCAUAAUUAUACGUAU